CCGCCGCCGCCGCCAUGAUGCAGAGCGCCGCUGCCAGCCUGACGCCGCACGUGCACUGGGCGCAGCGGCACCACGAGCUCUACCUGCGCGUGGAGCUCAGCGACGUGCAGACCCCUGACAUCACCAUCACUGACAAUGUGCUGCAUUUCAAAGCUGAGGGGCAUGGUGCCAAGGGGGACCACAUUUAUGAAUUUCAGCUGGAGUUUCUGGAACCUGUCGAGCCCAAACCAGCGUACAAAGUGACGCAGCGGCAGCUGAACAUCACUGUGAAGAAAAAAGAAAGCAACUGGUGGGAGAGACUCACCAAGCAAGAGAAACGCCCACUCUUUCUGGCCCCGGAUUUCGAUCGCUGGCUGGAUGAGUCGGAUGCUGAAAUGGAGCUCAAAGAAAAGGAGGAAGAAAGAAUCAACAAAAUGAGAAUAGAAUCCAGAGUCCCGAAAGACCCUUUCAGACACCUGAAGAGAGGAUACUUGUUCAUGUAUAAUCUUGUCCAGUUUCUGGGCUUCUCCUGGAUUUUUGUGAACAUGACGGUUCGACUGUUUAUCUUGGGAAAAGAUUCCUUCUAUGAUACUUUCCACACCAUUUCUGACAUGAUGUAUUUCUGCCAGACACUCGCACUUAUGGAGAGUGUGAAUUCAUUAAUAGGACUCGUCAGAUCACCACUGAUACCUUCUCUAAUACAGGUAUUUGGAAGGAAUUUGAUUUUGUUCAUCAUCCUUGGCAGCGUGGAAGAAAUGCAAAGCAGAGCAGUGGUGUUCUUCAUAUUCUAUGCCUGGAGUAUGAUAGAAAUAUUCAGGUAUCCCUUCUACAUGCUCUCCUCCAUUGACAUGGAAUGGAAGGUCCUCACCUGGAUCCGAUACACCAUCUGGAUCCCUCUCUAUCCUGUCGGAGCCUUGGCAGAAGCUGUCUCUGUGAUACAGGCCAUCCCCAUCUUCAGUGAAACAGGAAAAUUCAGUUUGAGAUUGCCAGAUCCACUGAACGUCACAAUCAACUUUUCAUUCUUUCUUCAAAUCUACCUUAUAUUAUUAUUUUUAGGAGGGUUUAUAAACUUCCGUUACCUUUACAAGCAAAGGAGGCAGAAACUUGGACCAAAAAAGAGAAAGAUGAAGUGAAGUUAGCGAAGCUGUGAUUUUCUUACCUAAUUUAUCUUAAAGACAAGAUGAGCCUGUGAUUCUUACAGUUUUACCCAUUAUGCUAUAAAUACUUUUGUACAGUUCAAUGAUCACGUUAGAUUUCUUAGCAUCUUCGGAAAACAUUCCUCUAUACUCUAUUUGGUUACUCUUCAGUCAUAUAUGCAUGGUAUUUAAUGUUGAACAAUGACCUAAUACUUAAAUUUAUAUCCCAUUGACCACCAUGUUACCAAGAAAUCCUGUUAUCUGCAUAUAAUAUACUUACGAGAAAAGAAAUGGAGCAGCGCUAAAUAGAAAAAGACUAGUUAUUUUGAAUUGGGUAUUUGCUCUUUCAAUAUUGCAUGCAGAUAAGGCUUCUGAUGUUGGGAUAUAAUAUCAGACCAUUCACUCCCAAAAAGGUUUGGGACAUUUAUUAAUGAUCAGUGGGAACUCUGCUUUUUUUUAGCAGCUUUCUGCUGAUUUAUAAAUAACCUGGAAGUACAACUGGUUGGCUUGGACAUGACUAACUUGUUCUUGGCUUGUGUGCAAUAGUUUCUGUACCAGUGCAGCGGGAGUACCUUGUGUUCCUGAACAGCACCUAAGUCCUAUCCAGUCAUUAGUAGUGGAAACAGCCUAGUCCUUCUGACUUCCCUUGGUGGCUUACCAGGUAAAACACUAAGGCAGCAGCUGCUUUGUGCUGUUGUGUGGCUUCUAACUCCCCCCUUCCUGAGAAUUUAGAUGCUCAAACACUGGAAAACCAGGCAGUUCCCUUUGUUCUCUGUAUCCUGAAAAAGACAUGAGCGCUGCAUUAGGAGGCACACAGGUAACACUGAGGUAUUAGGGCAGCAGAGGCAGCUAGUUCUUGCUCUGUCGUGUUGGGAACUGAGGGGGACGUGACUGAUCAAAUCGUGCUGACGUGGAAAGUUUGCCAAGCGUACUUGCUUACCCACUCUCAGUAUGGAGUGCUGGGGGUCUGUGUUGAUCCAGGAAGCUGCAGGCUGUUUUGGUGCCACAGACCAGAUGGGGGAGAGUCAAGCGAUGCUUUCAGAUACUUCACUGUUUGCAUUAGAGAUUUUUUUUUUUUAAUACCAUCAUAGAAAAAUUGCCCCCACCCUGGCAUCAGGUAUUUUCAGUGGUGGACCCUCUCCCUGCACCUCCAACUUGACCUCCUAGACUUCAGCCCUGUCUUGCUUCUGUGGUUAAAUUUAAAAGCCUGUAGCAGCUUGCAGCAUUAAUGCAGGCUAACAGCCAUAAUCCAGAAGCAUCCCUGAUGUUCACUACACCCCACUGUUUGCAUGGCCGUGUGUUAAAAGUGUUGUAGGAAAAAGGUAUCUGUCCUUUUUAUUCCCAGGUCCCAACUGAUCAAACUGUUGGUUGUUUUUUCACUGUUAAACACUCCCAGUGCUACUUCCUAUCAGGCCAGGGUAAGGACAUACAGGCUCAUCAGAGGGCAUUUUGCAACAAACAGUUUUAUCAACAAAAGACAUUAGGUCUUGAAGAACUUCUGUCGCUUUUGAAAUGUCUGAUGAAUGAACCUUUGGCUCAUGAUGGCAAAGCCAGGGCAUAAACUGCUUCCUCAGGAGAGGCAGGGCAUAAUUUAUAAACUUACUGCUUCACUACUGCACACACAUUUGCAUACACAAACCUGCUUGAUAACAGUUGAGGGAUCAUAUAGGUUAGAGUUAGCACUGAAAUCUCAUUAGCAUGGCAGGGAUGUUGCCUUCCAUUAUUUUGUUUGAGCUCCUCAACAGGGCAUUUAUUCUUUAUUAUACAUUUUCAUAACAACAUGACAUUUCUCAGUUAAGUUGUAAUAUCUGGUGGAAGUUGUUACAGACCAUAAUCUCCUGAGUUUCCUAGUUCUAAAAGCAACAGAAUGUGUAUUUCUAUCAAUAAAGAUUUACAAGC